AUGGCUUCACGAGACACCUUCUUCCGGUCCUCAGGUAUGAGCUUGAUCCAGAUUUUUAUUGCGAACGAAAUCGGAAGGGAGAUAGUUGGUGCUCUAGGUGAGGUCGGCCAGUUGCAGUUUAGAGACCUAAAUCCGGAUACCAAUGCCUUCCAACGGGCAUUUACCAGGAAUAUACGUUUCUUGGAUAACGUUGAGAGACAGCUUCGCUACUUCUACUCCCAAGUAGAGCAUGCAUCUAUUCCAAUACGACCAUCAUCCGAUUUCGGCGAUACAUCGGCAGCUCCGUUGGCUUCAGAGAUCGAUGAGCUGGCCGAGAAAAGUGAGAACCUUGAACAGCGGAUCGUCUCAUUGAACGACUCCUGCGAAGCUUUGAAGAAACAAGAAAUUGACCUUAUCCAAUGGCGUUGGGUCCUUCGUGAUGCUAGUGGCUUUUUUGAUCAGGCCCAUCAUUCUGCAGAAGAUAUCCGCCAAUCGUUCGACAAUGACGAAGCCCCUCUUCUUCGUGAUAUGGAGCAACGCGCUUUCCACACCGCAGACGGUGAUAGCCAAGGCCAACGGAGGUUUACGGGGCUGGGUGUUGGCUUUGUCACAGGCGUUAUCCCACGAGAGUGUCUCGGGAUUUUGGAACGUACUCUUUGGCGGACACUGCGCGGUAAUCUAUACAUGAAACAUUCCGAGUUCCGGGAAAUUAUCUCUGAUCCUAUAAGGAAAGUGCAAACCCACAAGAAUGUGUUCUUAAUUUUUGCUCACGGCAAAAAUGUUCUCGCCAAGAUUCGCAAAAUCUCCGAGUCGCUAGGGGCUUCUUUGUAUGGAGUCGAUGAGGAUAACGAAUUAAGGGAGGAUCAGAUUCAAGAGGUGAACAAACGGUUGGAUGAAGUAUCUAGUGUGUUGUGUAACACUGAGCGCAGGCUUAUAUCUGAGCUGUCCCAGGUCGCACAGUCACUCACUAAUUGGAUGGUCAUUGUUAAAAAAGAAAAGGCGGUUUAUGACAUAUUAAACAAGUUUUCUUAUGAUCAUUGUGAAGCGCGGAAAGUACUGAUCGCCGAAGCAUGGUGCCCGACAGACACCCUCGCUCGCAUCAAGUCAACACUCCAGGAUGUUGAUGAUCGUGUUCAAAUCUCUAUGCCCACCGUCCUCAACGAAGUGCAAACUAAUCGUACUCCACCAACCUACGUUCGGACCAAUAAAUUUACCGAAGCUUUUCAGACCAUUGUCAAUGCUUAUCGCAUUCCAAAAUAUUCAGAAAUCAACCCAGGAUUUUACAUGGUCGUGACUUUCCCAUUCCUUUUCGCGGUUAUGUUUGGUGAUUUUGGGCAUGGUGCGUUGGUGACCAUGGUCUCGGCCGCAAUGAUUUUCUGGGAGCAGAAGCUUCAGCGAACUAAGCUUGACGAGCUGUCCUACAUGGCAUUCUACGGGCGUUACAUCAUGUUGAUGAUGGGUCUUUUCUCCAUGUACACCGGCCUCAUCUACAACGACAUAUUCUCCCGGCCUUUGACUAUCUUCUCCAGCCAAUGGCAAUGGCCCGAAGAUAUUGAAGCGGGCAAAAUCAAUGAGGCAUCAUUGAAAGAUGGCCACCGCUACCCUAUGACCUACGCUCUCUGUCUCCAAUAUGUUAAUGGGCGACAUUUCAAAUCCAAAGUUGACAUUUGGGGUAACUUUUUUCCCGCCAUGCUAUUCUACCAGUCCAUCUUCGGCUAUCUUGUUAUUACUGUUAUCUACAAAUGGUCUGUUGAUUGGAAUAGCCGUGGAGAAAGCCCCCCUAGUCUCCUUAACAUGUUAAUCUUCAUGUUUCUAAGCCCCGGUACAGUCCAGGAACAACUGUAUCCAUAUCAGGGUACAGUGCAAGUGUUACUGCUCGUCAUUGCUGCAGUUCAAGUGCCCGUGAUGCUCCUACUGAAGCCGCUAUACCUUCGUUGGGAGCACAACCGUGCCUGCGAUCUAGGGUAUCGCAGUCUCAGUGAGCUGAGUGAUGCCCCCGCUUUGGAGGACGACAGAGACAUAGACGAUGGGCCCGGCAGAGCCCGCGAUGGCAUGGUUGGUGAAGGCGAUACCAUGGUCAUAAUAGGCCAGGAUGACUCUGGUUAUCAUAACCAAGAAGGUUUUGACUUCUUCGAUAUCAUGAUCCACCAAGUCAUUCACACCAUCGAGUUCUGUCUUAAUUGCAUUUCACACACUGCCUCCUACCUGCGUCUUUGGGCUCUUUCAUUAGCCCACCAGCAGCUUUCUGUCGUACUCUGGAACAUGACUCUCCGCGCCGCCUUCGCGAAAGACGGCCACACAAUUCGGGUGAUAAUGAUUGUUAUCAAUUUUUACCUUUGGUUUACCUUGUCUGUUUGCAUCUUGUGUAUUAUGGAGGGUACAAGUGCUAUGCUGCACUCGAUGCGGUUGCAUUGGAUCGAGGCUAUGAGCAAGCAUUUCGCUGGGGAGGGCACACCCUUCUUACCAUUCAGCUUCAGCACUGUCCUGGCGGGAGAUCCCGUCGACUAA